GCGAUGAAAACUUCGACCACCAGGUGGUUUACCACUGUUGUUGUCUUGUGAAGUAGUGUUUUACAGCUUUCUCCAUUAUAAAAGCGCUGAAAACCUUCUACAAAAAACCAUCUAAUUCUAAAGUAAUAGGGAAAACAAAUAACCAUGUCUACCGCUCAAUCUUGUCCACUUCCCACAGUUUCUCUCUCUAAAUACCUGGAAGAAGAGGGCCAGAAUAAAAAUGAAGAAAGCCAGCUCCUCAAAUCCUCAUUACCAGCUGAAAAUGAUUGCUAUACUCAAGCUGAAGAUCCAGUUUCUGAUGUUCCCAAAUACCUGCUAGAAUUGGGUCUCACCCCAGAAUGCAAGCAGCUUAUAUCCUCACUGCCAGCAGAGAAAGGUUGGGUUGCCAAUCUCCUCCAUCAAUAUCAGGGUUUUUGGCACACCACUCGCCAGUUACAAGCAGUGCUUACUUGCCAAAACCACUUUCAAGCUCAGGAUACUGAUAUCCUCCUUGUUACCACUCCAAAAUCGGGAACAACAUGGUUAAAGGCUAUUGUUUUUGCCUUGAUGAACCGAGUCCAGUAUCCCAACACUGAUAAUAAUCACCCUUUGCUCUCAGAGAACCCUCACAUUCUUGUUCCAUUUUUGGAGUAUGGGCUUUACAUUGAUAGUCAAGUUCCUAACUUCACCACUUUUACAUCUCCACGGCUAUUCGCAACUCAUUUACCCCUUGCUUCAUUGCCAGAAUCGGCAACGAACUCAUCUUGCAAGCUUGUUUACUUAUGUAGGAACCCAAAGGAUACUUUCGUAUCGCUUUGGCACUUCACGAACAAGCUGAGAACCAAGGAUAUGGGAAGCAACUCUCUUGAAGUGACCUUCGAUAAGUUUAUCAGAGGCGUGAGUUUGUAUGGACCGUUUUGGGACCAUGUUUUAGGGUAUUGGAAAGAAAGCUUGGAAAACCCUGAAAGAGUCUUGUUUUUGAAAUACGAGGAAAUGAAAGAGCAGCCCAAACUUCAGCUGAUGAAGCUAGCUCAGUUCCUCGGAUGCCCAUUUUCCAAUGAAGAAGAGACAAGAGGUGCGGUGGAUGGUAUACAAAAACUAUGCAGCUUUGAGAAUUUGAGCAAUUUGGAGGUUAACAAAACCGGGAAGUUGGCAUCGGGUGAGGAGUACAAGGUUUUUUUCAGACGAGGCGAAGUUGGAGAUGCUAAGAAUCAUUUGACUCCUCAAAUGAUCCAAAAGCUAGACCAAAUUACUGAACAAAAGUUGCAUGGCUACGGGCUAAAGUUUUAGAUCCCUACCACUUAUCAUAUUACUAUGUUUUGAUUAAUCUAUGUGCGUGUCCUUAAUGAUGGCUUUAGGUUAGAUUCUGUGUCAUCCAAUCUUGUGCAUCAGUAAUUUUAAUGCUAAAAAGGUUUGUUGGUUUA